ACAAUGCACACUGCACAUGUCAAUGUCAUGAUUUGUCAGCUGGACAGAAUCUUAUUUUCUGUUUGCUUGCUUGUUUGUGUUUGAUCUGUUUUGUUCCACAAAUUCAGAAUUCUGAACACUUUUAAGAACGAAUAAUAGAACGAAAUCAGGGUAAAGGGGAUUGGAAAACUAAUAAUAAAUGAAAAAAAAUGGGAUCCCCACCCACAACACCAUUUCUUCUGCACGAGCAUGAAGAUCACUCGUACGAUAUGGUCUACAUGGACGCUUAUCUGGGUGCCCAAAUUGAAGUUUUGGACGAUUCCGUACUGCCCGUUGAUUUCGCGAUGGUUUCAGAUAACCUGGAGUUACCCUCAUCAUUUAUAGAUGUCCAAUUUGAAAGAAAUGUACAUUAUUUUGGUUUGGAUAAUGAUGUCCCUGUCCCUUCGAUGAACAAAUUGGAAUUGGAGCAGGUCAAAGAUUGUUUUAUGGGGACCGAGGAAGAAACAGGGCAAAUCACCCCCACAGUGAACGUUGAUCCAACGUUUCGCGAUAUUGUCAACAGUGGCGACUUUGGUGGUCAAAUGAUUCCUCUCGAGGCUGCUGAAGAGUUGAACUCGUCUAAACAACUUCUCAAGAAGAAUGAAAAGGUCUACCGACAGAGGAGAUUCAAAAAGGGAUGGGAAGAGAUGAAGAACAAGGUUGUGGCCAUGAAUAAUCGAAUUGGAACGAAAACUAGCAUUCAUGCCGUAUUUGAGAAUGUUAUCUACUUUAUGGACAUCAGCAAAGGGACACGUACAACAGAUGAUAAUAAGAAGACUGACCUUGGACUACCGGAUGAUAACGAUUCGGACAGUGAAAAUUCACGGGCACCAUCAGAAGCUUCCGUUGUGGAGGGAGAUCAUCGUUAUGCAGCUGUCAUACUUACACAAAAAGAGUCUUCCUCUUCAAUUCGAGACCAUCAAUACAAUCAAGAGUCGCUUUCGUCUUCUGGUUUUGAGAGUUCGGGUUCGCUAAACACACAAGCGUCUUCAUCGACGUACAUCAAAAGUCGAUACAAACGAGAACGCCAAUUGGUCAGAUACAUAAAUGCAUUGUUCAUGAAGAAACAAACUCUGGAAGGAACCACUGGGGCAAAAAUAUAUCUGGAAAUUUCCUAUGAACACUACAUCUUUAAUUCAUCAAACUGGAAAAGUGCGGAAGAAACAUUGUCAGAUAACCGAAAGAAAAUAUUUCGUGUCCCUGUCGUCUCCACAGUGGAUUUAUCAAACAGUAACAGCAUUUCUCCAUCUCCUACCGACAUAUUUGCCAACUUCAACCCAAACAAUCCACAAAUCUUCAUGCGAGUGGAACGUGUCCCCGCCGUGGGUGACAUAACGCCAGGAAUUCAUGUUCAAUAUAUUAAACGGAAAAACAAAGAUAAUACUGCCACCACUGCUCCACCUCCCACUACUUUCGAUAUGCCUUUGACUGUCGCCAUCACAAAUACUGAUGCCAUGAAUCAGGAGUGUACUCUCGCACUCUCUCAAUCCAAUCUGACCACAUCGUCGUCAUCACUAUUAUCACCAGAAUAUCUGAACUUGGAUCACCCAUACGGACUAUCUCCAUUCAAUCAGGAUGAUUCUGGUGAAUCCUCUCCUCAACUCGUAUAUAAUCCUCCCGUACAGGAAGAAACAAUUGAACACCACGACUCUGAUUUUGAUUCUGUUCUUCUCAUGCAUGACCAACCCUUGAAUCUGAACUCACUCAAAAACGCUGCAACUAUUACAGAACCCGUCUGCGGACUUUGCGGACUUAUUGGCAUUGAAGAUUGUUCAAAGGAAUUGUGGCUGCGAUGUUUCAAUUCAUUGUGUCAUUACAUGGCUCAUGUUGAAUGCGUUGGCUUCAGAGUGUCUGCUACACAACUGGCCAUGCUUCCCCCAUAUCUGUGCCCAAGUCAUCGCUAAAAUACUUUUGUAUACUAUACACACUAGUCAUGAUUAGUGCUGCAUAUUUUCGAUAUUGUAAUGUAUUUAUCGACCGAAUCGUUUUUGACUGAUCCUUUGGCCGUCCUGAGAACGCUGACCACUACUAAUUAAUUAACUAACUAUCCGCUAAACUAUAUUUAUAUCAAAACUGUCGUAACCAUUCGCUCCUUCAUUGCCCCAUACGAAAACGCGAAACUUGUCCAGCUACACGUUCAAUGAGCAUGUGGUUGAAAGCGAGACCGACAGCAGUAAACUAUUCCUCUUUUGAUACCAGUUUACAAAUUAAUUAAAUCCAUUGUUAGAAACUGAUCGGUAGUAAUUUUGUAAUUGUUUUUACAAGAAUUGUAUCGCAACUGUUUGUCGUAUGUUGUUUUUUGAUAAUAAAAUAUUGAAUUUAA